GCGGGCUCCACCCCAGGGGUGGGGCGAGCCGGCAGCGGCACGUCGUUGCGACGCACGUGUGGGAGGCUGGCGGCGGUUAGUACGCCUCAGCGCUGCGGGCCCGGUCUCAGACUGCUCUCCUUGCCUCUUCCCGGCCGCCGUGGCAGCUGGCUCUUCCGACUGGCCCUCGCCGCCGCCUCCGCCCUCCUGCGUCCGGAGCAGCGCGUGCGCCACUUCGCCGCCCGUCCCGCGCUGCACCCGCGCUCUCAGGCCCCGGGUUUUCUUAAAUGUUUUCUUGGAUCCUUGAAAAUGGAAAUGACAGAAAUGACUGGUGUGUCGCUGAAACGGGGGUCCAUUGCUGUCGAAGAUAAUGACAUUGCAGCCCCAGUGGAGGAGGCAAAGAGACAGAAGGUCUCAGAAUGCUGUCUGACCAAAGGCCAAGACGGGCUAGAGAACAACUCUCUACCCAGUAGUGAAAAGAUGCCUGGGUCACCUGAAGUUGCAGGUGCGGGAGAGGAUAAAAAGAAUUCUGACGUUCAGACAGAAGGAGAAGAAGAGGAGGAAGAGGAGGAGGAGGAGGAGGAGGAGGAUGGCCUGUCAGAAGAGAGUGAGGAGGAAGCAGAGAGCUUUGCAGACAUGAUGAAGCACGGGCUUACCGAGCUGGAUGUAGGCAUCACCAAGUUCGUAAGUUCUCACCAGGGAUUCUCAGGAAUCUUAAAAGAAAGAUACUCUGACUUCAUAGUUCAUGAAAUAGGAAAAGAUGGACGAAUCAGCCAUUUGAAUGACUUGUCUGUCCCAGUGGAUAAAGAGGAUCCUUCAAAAGAUGUAUUGACACUUUUAACAGAUGAAGAAAAGCAGCGUUUAGAAGAACUCCAGCUUUUUAAAAAUAAGGAAACUAGUGUUGCCAUUGAGGUUAUUGAGGACACCAAAGAGAAGAGAACCAUCAUCCAUCAAGGGAUUAAAUCUCUGUUUCCAGGAUUAGAGACUAAAACAGAAGAUAGAGAAGGGAAGAAAUAUAUUGUAGCCUACCAUGCAGCUGGGAAAAAGGCCCUGGCAAAUCCAAGAAAACAUUCUUGGCCAAAAUCUAGGGGAAGUUACUGCCACUUUGUACUAUAUAAGGAAAACAAAGACACCAUGGAUGCCAUUAAUCUACUGUCCAAAUAUUUAAGAGUCAAGCCAAACAUAUUCUCGUACAUGGGAACCAAAGAUAAAAGGGCCAUAACUGUUCAAGAGAUUGCUGUUCUCAAGAUAACUGCACAAAGACUUGCUCACUUAAAUAAGUGCUUGAUGAACUUUAAGCUAGGGAAUUUCAGCUAUCAGAAAAAACCUCUGAAGUUGGGAGAGCUUCAAGGGAAUCACUUCACUGUUGUUCUCAGAAACAUAACAGGAACUGACGAUCAAGUGCAACAAGCCAUGAACUCACUCAAGGAAAUCGGAUUUAUUAACUACUAUGGAAUGCAAAGAUUUGGAACCACAGCAGUCCCCACUUAUCAAGUGGGAAGAGCUAUACUACAAAACUCCUGGACUGAAGUCAUGGAUUUGAUAUUGAAACCCCGUUCUGGAGCUGAAAAGGGGUACUUGGUUAAAUGCAGGGAGGAAUGGGCGAAGACCAAAGACCCAGCUGCUGCCCUCCGAAAACUGCCUGUCAAAAGGUGUGUGGAAGGGCAGCUGCUCCGAGGACUUUCAAAGUACGGAAUGAAGAAUAUAGUCUCUGCAUUCGGCAUAAUACCAAGAAAUAAUCGGUUAAUGUAUAUCCAUAGCUAUCAGAGCUAUGUGUGGAACAACAUGGUGAGCAAGAGGAUAGAAGAGUACGGACUGAAGCCUGUCCCUGGGGACCUUGUUCUCAAAGGAGCCACAGCCACGUAUAUUGAGGAAGAAGAUGUUAAUAAUUACUCCAUCCAUGAUGUGGUAAUGCCCUUGCCUGGUUUUGAUAUUAUCUACCCCAAACAUAAAAUUAGUGAAGCCUACAGGGAAAUGCUCACAGCGGACAAUCUUGAUAUUGACAACAUGAGACAUAAAAUUCGAGAUUAUUCCUUAUCAGGGGCCUACCGAAAGAUCAUUAUUCGUCCUCAGAAUGUUAGCUGGGAAGUCGUUGCAUAUGAUGAUCCUAAAAUUCCACUCUUCAACACAGAUGUGGACAACCUAGAAGGGAAACCACCACCAGUGUUUGCUUCUGAAGGCAAAUACAGAGCUCUGAAGAUGGAUUUUUCCCUUCCUCCUUCUACCUAUGCGACCAUGGCCAUUCGUGAAGUGCUAAAAAUGGAUACCAGCAUCAAGAAGCAGACCCAGCUGAACACCACCUGGCUCCGCUGAGACCUUUGUCCCCAGAUUAGAAAAUGCAGACAACUGGCUUCCUGUUCGUUUUCGUCUUAGUACAGACCGCUAUAUGGAUUUUGGAUCUUUGUAGUAAAAAACUAUUUGUAUUUUUUCAACUUUUUAUUAGCUUACUUUGCAAUAUUUGUACAUAUAUCCAAAUCUUGGGGAUCCUAAUUCUAGCUCAGAGAAUAUAAAUUAGUUAGACUAUAUUUCAGGUGCUUAAAUCAUAGUAAAAUGUCUGCUUUACUGGCUUUUAAUCAUUUUAAAGAAAUUUGAUUCAAAGUAGCAGUUUUAGGUUUCACUACAUUCUAAAAGAACAACAGGAGGGAGUUCCCAUUGUGGCUCAGUGGGUUACACAUCCAGCUAGUAUCCGUGAGGAUGUGGGUGUGAUCCCUGGCCCCUCUUAAUGGGUUAGGGAUCCAGUGUUGCCGUGAGCUGUGGUAUAGAUUGCAGACACGGCUAAGAUCUGGCAUUGCUGUGGCUGUGGCUAUGGCCACCAGCUGCAGCUUCAGUUAAACUCGCACCCUUAGAAUUUCAGUAUGCUGCAAAUUCGACUUUAACAACAACAGCAAAAAAGAGCAACAGGAACUUUUAACACUUGCAUGGAUGGAGGACACAACAAUGCAUUUUAAGAGAAAACAAAUUUUGAUAAUGGAUAAAUAAUUAGGGUGACCACCUCCGUGAAUGAUUAUAAGUAUCUAUGAAUAUAAAUACAGUACUCAUGCUUAUUUACUUAAAUGAUGAUAAAACAUCCACAGGUUUAUAAACACAAAAGUGAGUAUCAUUGUCCAGCUCAUGUACCAGGUUCAGGUAAGUGUUUAUAGACUUCCAGUUGUUAUAGCUUUUGUUUGCAUUUGUUGUUAUGGCCUUCCAGGAAUAUUGUAUCCUUAAGGCUUUUUUUCCCUUAAUCUCAAUAUGUGCAGCUGUUUUUAUUAGUUAAGGUCUAAUUUUUACUCUAGGUGCCUUUUAUGUUCAGAGUUCUUUCCACUGGACUGGUAUUUGCCCAACAAUAAAAAAGAGCAAAGAAGAAAACUUGAAAACUUACAAGGGCUUCUCCUGUCAGCAGCUACCCUUUGUUACCCACAGCUUAGGUAUUUCCAGUUCUGGCCAUGCAUAAAACUUUUCUCUGGUUUGAGAGCAUAAUCAUGCCUUUCCAAGGGUGUGCAACGUAAUUGUACCAAUUUUAUUUUCUAUCAUUUCUAGAACCAAAUAUAAUAAAUAUUUUUAAAAACUCC